GCUGAGCUGGAUUCCUAGAGAGGACAGGAAAUGAAAGUGUCGCGGGGGGGGGGCAGGUCCUCCGUCCCCCCUCCCUUCCUGCAAGGGGGGAGGGGCUGUCAUCUCCUUUACAAAUGCUUCCUCGGCGAUGGCUUCUGCGCUCUGGCUUCCUGAGAGCACAGAUGGAUGAGCAAGACUUAGCUGGCCCUAAAGCAGGAAGAAGCCAGGCCAUGGAAACUGGGAGCAGUGGGGGAUUCUGGGAAAACUCCGUUCAGAAGCUCCUGGGAGAUGAGGACACCCUCCGCUCAGAUGUGCAGAGCCAGCAGUUCAGGCAGUUCUGCUACCAGGAGGCCAAAGGACCUCGGGAGGUUUGCAGCCGACUCUACCACCUUUACUAUCAGUGGCUGAAGUCAGAAAAGCACAUGGAAGCUGAGAUGCUGGACCUGGUGAUCUUGGAGCAGUUCCUGGCUGUCCUUCCCCCGGAGAUGGAGAGCUGGGUGAGGGAAUGCGGAGCAGAGACCAGUUCCCAGGCGGUGGCCCUGGCCAAAGGUUUCCUCCUGAGUCAGGCAGAGGAGAGGAAGCAGGCAGAGAGGAAGCAGGGUCCAGUGUGCUUUGAAGAUGUAGCUGUGCAUUUCACGGAGGAGGAGUGGGCGUUGCUGGAUCCUGACCAGAGAGCAUUGCAUAAGGAAGUCAUGGAGGAGAAUCGUGGGAUCAUGGCCUCUCUUGGUGGUGAUGAAUUGGAAAUGAAGAACAAGGGAGACAACGACAAAAUCCACAUAGUGGAGAAAUCAUACGAAUAUUUGGAGUGUGGAGAGAGCUCCAUCUCCCUUUCCACUUCCUAUCAAAGAAAUCCUAUUGGGAUGAAGCGCUAUCAGUGCUUGGAAUGUGGCAAGAGAUUCACCCAGAAGGGAAUUCUCACUGCCCAUCAGAGAAUUCAUACAGGGGAGAAACCCUAUCAGUGCUUGGAAUGUGGAAAGAGCUUCACCCAGAAGCAAAGUCUCACUGCCCAUCAGAGAAUUCAUACACUGGAGAAACCAUUUCACUGUCAAAAGUGUGGAAAGAGCUUCAAGUGGAAGUCAAAUCUCACUUCCCAUCAAAGAAUUCAUAUGGGGGAGAAACCAUUUCAGUGUUUGGAUUGUAGAAAGAGCUUCACCCACAAGAACAAUCUCAUUUCCCAUCUAAGAAUACAUACAGGGGAGAAACCAUAG